UUUCGAUGUCUCAACAAGACUCCUUGAAUCAUUGGAGUCGAGGGAGUCCAGAUUCAAAAUGCUUCAACAACUCUCUAAAUUUUGCCCAGUCUUUUUGCGAUGAGGUGAGAUUUCUUUAUGUUGAUGUCAUCCUCGUCUUCGCAUAAUUGGCCAAACCUUCGCUACGAAGGUGAUCAAGUUAAACGCCUCGUUCCGAUUCUCAUUCACAGCACCAACUUGAGUAUGAUAAAAAUAUUCCAGGAUAUUCCCUUGAAUGACCAUGCACAUGUUUGAGCUGUUUACUUACCAUCACUUCGACUCUCGAGCACUCGAUAAUGCGGAGCCUUCGUGUUUGCUUCCGGUUAUGCAACACAGCCUGAGCAGCCCUUGAUACAGGCAUGUAAAUCCCUCAUUUUGAGCCAUUUGAUUUAUCAUGAUGGUAUACGCAUGGUUCACCGCAUAAACUCGUAUAUAGCGGCUGCUUUUCCCCAGCUGCUGGCUACCACCUUCUCUUCUCGCUGGCGAAAAGAUUUCGGCAACCUACCACUGGAGACGUUUACACAUCAUCUUUCGCAUUCUUCUCUGAGCCGUCUUAGGCUGUCUUUCAAGUCCGUUCCUUCAUUCAUCUUCAAGUAUCCAAUAGUAACGGUCGUAACAAUCGUUAUGCACAUCAAUCUUGCGUAUCUUCUUUUUGCCCUUUCGUCGGUCGCACACGCUGCACCCACAUUGCCGUCUGAGAAAACCAAUCUCGAACAACGCUCCAAAUCCGCCAGGGGAGAACCAGCUUCGUCUCCAGCUCCAGCCACGGUCUAUGUCGAGAUAAUUGACCAUGGUCUUAAUCUACACCCGUUCUUUGAUAAUAAGCGUGAGGCCAAAGUCAAAAGCAUUUUCGAGGAAUGGAUCAGGAAUACGAAGCUGAUCAAGAUGGAAAAAGACAAAGCUAAAGAGGGGAAAAAAGCGACUCCAAUGAAAGAUCUGCCCGAUCUACCUCUUGUCCCGCUCGAGAUCGUGAUCAAGCCGGAGAAUGCUCCAUUGUGGGGAGAUUUUCGAUUUUGGGGGCCGGGGGUCAAGGACAUUCCAGGUUUUGAAAAGGGAUGCGAGACCAAGGAAGAUUUAUGUCGGGGAAGUGCUAUACAAGGCGGGGUCUUAUUCGAUAAAAGCCCUCCGUGGACAGAUAUGUAUUAUGUGAAUCUGAAGGAUGGAUUUGGCGUAGGAAUAAAAGCGUACCGCACAGAAGUAGUCAGUUGAUUGUACUUGCAGCAGUAUAUUCUUCAAACUUCUUAAUGGCUCGUCGGACAAGAAGAAGACAACAAUUUUUUACACUAACCAUUACAUUGAGUGCCACGAA